AUGGGCCCACAAGUACAUAAAGUAGUGGUACCAAUUAUUCUUUCUUAUCUUCACAGUUGUAGCCUUGCAGUGCAGUUAUCCAGGGUCCGGGAGAGCGUCCUCAUUAUCUCCACUGAUCCUGCCCACAACAUUUCAGAUGCCUUCGACCAGAAAUUCUCCAAAGUCCCCACAAAGGUCAAUGGUUACAGCAACCUGUUUGCCAUGGAGAUCGACCCAAGCCUUGGUGUGGCAGAGCUGCCCGAUGAGUUCUUUGAAGAAGAUAACAUGCUCAGCAUGGGCAAGAAGAUGAUGCAAGAAGCAAUGAGUGCAUUUCCAGGAAUUGAUGAAGCUAUGAGCUAUGCAGAAGUCAUGCGGUUGGUGAAAGGCAUGAAUUUCUCUGUGGUUGUGUUUGACACUGCCCCUACGGGACACACGCUGAGGUUACUGAAUUUUCCAACCAUUGUGGAGAGAGGUCUGGGUCGUUUGAUGCAGAUCAAAAAUCAGAUCAGCCCUUUCAUAUCACAGAUGUGUAACAUGUUGGGUCUGGGCGACAUGAAUGCUGAUCAGUUGGCCUCAAAGUUGGAGGAGACCCUGCCUGUGAUCCGUUCAGUUAGUGAACAGUUUAAAGAUCCGGAGCAGACAACGUUUAUAUGUGUAUGUAUUGCAGAGUUCCUUUCCCUGUAUGAAACGGAGCGUUUAAUCCAGGAGCUGGCGAAGUGCAAGAUUGACACUCACAACAUUAUUGUUAAUCAGCUUGUGUUUCCAGACCCGGAGAAGCCAUGCAAGAUGUGUGAGGCAAGGCACAAAAUCCAGUCCAAGUACCUUGAUCAGAUGGAAGACCUGUAUGAAGAUUUCCAUAUUGUAAAGCUUCCACUUCUGCCUCAUGAGGUUCGAGGUGGAGACAAGGUCAAUACCUUCUCUAAGCUGCUUUUGGAACCUUAUAAACCUCCCCAGAAAGUGAACAUGGAAACAUAGGCAAUAACAGCAAAUAAAUACAUUUAUAAAUAAAAAUAAAUUAAAAAGAAAAACUUUUUUUUUCUGUUCAGUACCUGCGCCUGGGAUCUACUGUUCCAACAGGAAACUGUUCCCCUCUGUUCUUCCACUUUUCCGAAAUGGGCUGUUUACUCUUCACUCGGUGUGACCCUUGCUUGAAGCAGUCAUCUGGUUUGGUUUCUACCACUUGUACAGGAAUAUGGUUUCACCACCCAUUGUGAAAAAUAUUUCCAUGCCUGUUAGUUUCCAGUUUUGUCCUUUUGGAUUCAGAACUAACACUUGGACUCAAGUUGUUGCUUCUCAUUUUGCUUAAGUUUUAAAAAGUUAAGAGCACUCUCCUGUCACCAUUCUUCAUUAAACUGUUCAUCCCAUUGUUUAGUUUUUUGGCAGGCAUCUUUCUGCAUUGGCUCCAUUUGUUUUAACUAUUUUUUCCAUGUGAUACUUUCUAAAAAAGUUAGGUCCUGUAAAGGCAGCAUGUCAGAAUGCAGACCUGUAAAGCACUUUAUUAUACCAUUUUUUAUUAAUAUUAAUCAUCCUGUUUUUAGUUGGUCUAUCACUCAACUUUUUUUUUUCAGUGUUAUUGAUGAUAAACCAAAGCAGAAUGAACCCUGGCAAAUCUAGCUAGUAUUUGGUGCGUCUCAGUACAUCGGAUGUGAAGGGUUUGUUUCUGUACAAGUAGAGAUGCCUCUGCAACUCUGUGGGUGUCUGAUAUUUUUGCAGCCCACCCUUGCAGUAAAUAACACUAAAAAGGUCCCUUUCUCUGCUGUCUACAUGCACUACAUGUAUAUGAAGAUGGCAGCAGGCUAGCCCUUCUGGCCUUCUCAAACUGUUUAAUGUAUAGUUAUGAGCAAUGGAUUCAGAAUGGAGUGUUAGAGGCUAAAUGCAGGAUUUAUCUUCUCCUUGAGUUGAAAAUCUUUGGGUAAGGAGUUUGGUCAUAGUGGCCUUCAGAUCUGCCACUGUGGUAACUAUUGUGGUGCACUUUGGAUACCAUAGUAUUAAAAAUGUCACAGUGCAAGUAGAAACCAUCAUUCAAUGGAAAGUGACUUUAACAGAUGCAGUAGAAAGAUGAAAUCUCUUCUUAGAUGGAAUGUUGUUAUUUAAUGUUAACAUAUGUAUUAUAAAUUAACUUUAAAUGUGGUAAAGUGUCGCUUGUAGUUUUGCACAUUAAAAGUUUUGGGAAAAGUAAAAUUGCAAAUGAAAUAAAGGAGCAGGAUUGUAAGUGACGCUUGAUUCACUCUAUACAUCUUUUAUGUUUGCAAACUCACUGACUAGCAUUAUAGUUGUUCCCUAGCCCCCACCCCCAGGGGGGAGGGCUUCUCCCUCGCAGUUUGUCAGAGUUGCAGGUCCAAUACAUGGUUUGCAAGGCACUGACAAGAUUGCUUUUCAUGGCAUGUUGUAAUGGCACAUGCAUCCUGAGAAGCUGACAGGACUGUGAGGAGCUGGAAGAUCUACAUCCUAUGGCGAGGUCGCAGUUGCCCUUCCAUGCUGAAGUGCUAAUAGAACUGAUCUCCACAGCAUGUUGCACUGGUUCUUGCAACCCAAAGAGGCUGCUGCCCAUAACACAUGCAUUCUGAGGAGUACUUUAGGAGCUGCUUCCUACCUGCACAGUAUCUGGGCUUCCCUUUGAAGGAAACAGGUGAUCUCUCCUCUCCAUGAGAGGACAUUGUAGACCUCUUACACUUUGACAGCCCUUUGUAAUUUGUGGUCUUCAUAUGUGGCUUAGCAACAUGGUGAGUUUUGGACUGUUUAACAAGUGGCACUCUGAGUCUUACUCCCCCAGACUACAAGGGGUGCAGAGGCUUUUGUAAUUGUAUUAGUUUUAGAUCUGUUAACAUUGCAACAUCUUAUCAGGAAGUUCCAGCAUGUUGUCCUAAAUUUAUGCACUUGCAUUGUCACAUUACUGAUGUUAUAAUACUAUUGUUGAAUAAAACUAAUUUGUGUAAA